AUGCACAACGCGUCGUCCUGGGGCCCGGAGCACGCCAACACGUCGUGCCCCGCGCCCGCGCUCGGCUGCCCCAACGCGUCCGGCCCGCUGCCGCCGCUGCCGCCGUCUCUGGCCGUGGCUGUGCCCGUCGUGUACGCGGUGAUCUGCGCCGUGGGGCUGGCGGGCAACUCGGCCGUGCUGUUCGUGCUGCUGCGGGCGCCCCGCAUGAAGACCGUCACCAACCUGUUUAUCCUCAACCUGGCCGUGGCCGACGAGCUCUUCACGCUCGUGCUGCCCAUCAACAUCGCCGACUUCCUGCUUCGGCGCUGGCCCUUCGGGGAGCUCAUGUGCAAGCUCAUCGUGGCCAUCGACCAGUACAACACCUUCUCCAGCCUGUACUUCCUCACGGUCAUGAGCGCCGACCGCUACCUGGUGGUGCUGGCCACGGCCGAGUCGCGCCGGGUGGCCGGCCGCACGUACGGCGCUGCGCGCGCCGUGAGCCUGGCCGUGUGGGGAGUCGUGACGCUGGUCGUGCUGCCCUUCGCCAUCUUCGCCCGGCUGGACGACGAGCAGGGCCGGCGCCAGUGCGUGCUGGUCUUCCCGCAGCCCGAGGCCUUCUGGUGGCGCGCGAGCCGCCUCUACACGCUGGUGCUCGGCUUCGCCCUCCCCGUGUCCACCAUCUGCGUCCUCUACACCACGCUGCUGUGCCGGCUGCGCGCCAUACGCCUCGACAACCAUGCCAGGGCCCUGGAGCGCGCCAAGAAGCGGGUGACCGUGCUGGUGGUGGCGAUCCUGGCCGUGUGCCUCCUCUGCUGGACGCCCUACCACCUGAGCACCGUGGUGGCGCUCACCACCGACCUCCCGCAGACGCCGGUGGUCAUCGCCGUCUCCUACUUCAUCACCAGCCUGAGCUACGCCAACAGCUGCCUCAACCCCUUCCUCUACGCCUUCCUGGACGACAGCUUCCGAAGGAGCCUCCGCCAGCUGCUGGCGUGUCGCGCCGCCGCCACCUGAGCCGGCGCGCCGGGAGCCAGCGGCCCGGCGCUCAGGGUGGUCCCUGAGCCGCAGCUUCGCCCCCCGCCCACCAGCUCUCUAGAGAUGCAGGUUCUCGGGCCCCUGCCCAGGCCCCGCGGACUCGGACGCGCUUUGGCUGCGCCCGCUCUUUCAGUGUGCCAAGCCCUCCAGGUGGUGCGGACGCGCGCAGGACAUGGGGACCGGCCGAGGCGGCGGAGAGCGCACAGACCUCUCCCUCUCCCUAAGGCCCAAGGGCGCCGAGGCGACCCCCGAGCUUGACACGGAGGGGUGGAAGGGGAGAAAGGGGGGCAGUACUGCAGAGACCCUCUUCCGGUUCCCCCCGCCUCUCGCCCCAGCCGUCCGCAGCCCGGCUCUUCGUAGAGCCCUCGGCGCUCCCUCGCCGCGGAGGUGCGAGGGGAGAGAUACUAAGGCCGCCCGGGCCUUUGACGGGGAAGACAGACAGCUCGGGUGGCGGGUCAGGAGUGAGUGUGUGUGUGUGUGUGUGUGUGUGUGUGUACGCGCGCGUCUAUGCGUGCGCGCGUCUAGCAGAGGCCGGGGCUUUGGAUGCAGGGGGAUGGAAAUUGGCUGUGAUGCCUACACAGCAGUGAUAAGAAUGGUGACAACCCCCUUCCUGUCCCAGCCUCUUCUUUCUUUGCCUUUCCGCUUUCCCACCCACGCUGUCCCUGCGGGGACCCGGCCGCCGGGCUCGGGAAGGGCCUGGAGUCGGAUCCCCGGCCGGGUUGCGGCGCCCCCUGGCGGAGCGAGCUGCGGGAGCCGAGCAUCCAAAAACAGCGCUGGGUGUGCAGAUCGGGGGAGAGCCAUGUGAUCCACCUGUCCACGGCAUCAUCCCUCCCACAGGUCAGCCUGGCUGUCUUGGAAUCUACCAAGAAGACUGCUGGAAAAACACAGGACUGACAUGGCUGCGCUGUCCACACAGCAAGGCGUGGACUGGCAUCCUAGUGUGCGUGUGUGAUUAAAUGGGACCCAGUACUUCAGUUUCCUCCUGGCUUUCUAAAUUAUUGGAUAGACUGUUGUAUCAUUACUUCUAGGUUGUUGCCUUCUUAUUAGCAUGUAGAAACCCAGAUUGUACGUCUCAGACUUCCUUUUUAGGACUUGGGUCCUAGGUAGAAUAAAUAUGCCGACAGCCAUGCCAAAGUAGAAUUUACUUACAUCGUUGCAUUGCAAAGCUUUUAACUUUGUGUUUGAUUUUUGCAGUCUUCCUGUAAACCAUGUUGUUUGGUUAUACCACUUCUGAUAUUUUUAAAUGUCCAUUUGGUUUUACUUAACUUAGUACAGUUAUAUAAUGUAUGUGCUUAGGCGUUCUCUUGAGAAAUGCAGAAACCCUGCUAGUCCCUUGCACAGAAGCUCUGUUUAAAAUAAAAGCUGAAACAGUC